GGGGAUCUUCACUGAAGGCGUGUGCUGCGUCAUCGCCGGCCUGCUGGGGACAGGAAACGGCUCCACCUCCUCCAGCCCAAAUAUAGGCGUGCUGGGAAUCACCAAGGUGGGCAGCCGGCGGGUGGUGCAGUACGGAGCCUUCAUCAUGCUGCUGCUGGGCUCCGUGGGGAAGUUCACCGCUCUGUUCGCUUCGCUGCCGGACCCCAUCCUGGGGGGCAUGUUCUGCACCCUGUUCGGUAUGAUCACAGCUGUCGGGCUCUCUAACCUGCAGCUGGUGGAUUUGAAUUCGUCCAGAAAUCUUUUUGUUCUCGGGUUCUCGAUGUUCUUCGGUCUGACUCUGCCAGCGUACCUGCACACACACCCCUCCUCCAUCCACACAGGGGUUGCAGAGCUGGAUCAGAUCCUGACGGUUCUCUUAUCCACAGAGAUGUUCGUCGGAGGUUUUCUGGCUUUUUGUCUCGACAACACAAUACCAGGGUCCCGGGAGGAGCGAGGCUUGGUUCAGGGCCGAUGCUCUUCCUCCUCCUCCUCCUCCUCCUCCUAUGACCUUCCUCUGAUGAUGGACGCCAUCAGAAGGUCCCGCCUCCUCCGCUGGCUUCCCAUCAGCCCGUCCUUCAGGGGGUUCAGAGCCGCCAGCUUCAACCAAUCAGAAGGGGAGGAGGGGCAGGAACGGGGAAAGAGGGAGGGGGGGGGAGAGAGGGGAGAUGAACCCUCCUGGUCCUGAGCAGGAGUCCAACCUUUGAGGCUCUGUUACAUGAAGGCUCAGAUUAACCCUGUUUACUGUUGAAAUGUUUUACUGUUGAAAUGUUUUACUGUUGAAAUGUUUUACUGUUGAAAUAUUUUAACCUGUUAAACCCUGAGCCUGUUUUUCAGGUCUCAGGCUCGAAAAUGACAUUCCCUGAACA